AUGUCGAAGGAAUCACUUUUAAGCACUCCUUUGCACGGUGUAUAUAUUCCUGCAUUUUUAAUUGUCUUCGGAACGUUUGUGGUAAAACGUGAAUGGAUAGGUUAUUCAGUCCUACUUGCCUUUGCCUUGGGCUUUCAUAAGUUUUGGCGUGGACGUAUUCGAAGAGUUUUGAAUAAUAAAAUUCAAUACUUUGAAUUAAGUGACAAAGCUGUUUUAAACCAUAACACUGCAAUUUAUCGCUUCCGACUUCCCCGUUCUCACGAUGUCCUUGGUUUACCAGUUGGACAGCACUUAACGGUAGUCGUUGAUGUUGAUGAAAAACAGCAUUCUCGAUCUUAUACCCCCUUGUCCUCAGAUGCUGACAAAGGUUACUUUGACUUGCUUGUAAAGGCAUAUCCCGAUGGCAUCGUCAGUAAGAAGAUUUCGGAGCUGAAAGUAGGUGAAAGGAUUGGCGUCCGAGGCCCCAAGGGAAAUUGGAAGCAUCAAGUCGGUCUUGCUCGCCAUUUUGGUAUGAUUGCUGGAGGUACUGGUAUCACUCCUAUGCUUCAGAUUAUCCGUGCCGUUCUUUCUAAUCCUGAAGAUCCUACUCAAAUUACUCUUUUAUAUGCAAAUGUUUCUGAAAAGGAUAUAAUUCUUCGCGAUGAAAUUGAAGCUUUAGCUAAGAAGGAUCCCAGAUUUACGGUAGAGCAUGUUCUUAAUAAUCCACCAGAAAACUGGACUGGCGCCGUUGGUUACGUUACUGAAGAGUUGAUUAAGCACCACUUCCCCGCUCCUUCUGCUGACUCAAAAAUUCUCAUCUGCGGACCAACACCCAUGGUCAAUGCUGUUCGCCAAGCUACCGUCUCAUUAGGAUACGAGAAGGCUCGUCCAAUCUCCAAGAUUGAAGAUCAAGUGUACGUCUUUUAA